GUGCGCAGCAGGCAGCACAGUGCAGCAGUGGCGACAGCAGCAGGUGCCACAGUGCCAGGUGGCGGGCUGCGAUUGGUCAAGGGGUCGUCGGCGGCAGUGACUCGCAUUCAUGGGCGCAUCUUCCCCGAGGGGCUCUACUACAUAGCAGUGGGUCUCGGCACCCCCCCCCGCACCUACUUUCUCGACAUAGACACGGGAAGCCAUGUCUCCUGGGUGGCGUGCGAUGCUCCCUGCGUGAACUGCGCUCAGGGCCCCAACCCAUGGUACAACCCCUCCCAUGCCUCUCUGGUGGACUGCCGUUCCGACCUCUGCCAAGCCGCACAGACAGGCUUCAUCCGAGGCUGCUCCUCAGGCUCGGAAGGUGUCGAAGCUGAGGAAGUGGUCCAGGGGGGCAUGGGGAUGAAGGAAGGGGAGGGGGUUCACACCAAGCCACGGCAUUUACAAGAGGCGUCCAGAGGGGUUAUGAACGGUACCAGCAGCGUUGCAGCAGGUGCUGCUAGUGCUGCUGGUGGUGCUGGUGACAGCAACCGGAGUGACAAUAACGAGGGUGACAGCAGCAGCAGCGGCCAGUGUGACUAUGACAUAGUGUACGCCGACGGAAGCAGCUCCCAGGGUGUGCUUGUAACGGAUAGGUUACUGUUCCUGCACCCCUCGGGCACACUCAAGGCCGCGCAAUUCACAUUCGGCUGUGCAUCCGACCAGGAGGGAGAUCUCACCAUCUCCCUUCCACUACCUGCAACAUGUUUGAAGAAGUGUUUUGAGACGUCUCAAGACACGUCUCCCUUCCACUACCUGCAACAUCUGUGUCUACGACCAGGAGGGGGAUCUCGACGUCUCCCCUGCACCCACACCUCAUCACUUUCCCCUUUUCCUGCGCUUGUCCCCCCUUUCCCUUGUCCCCCCUUUCCCGUGUCCCCCCUUUCCCUUGUCCCCCCUUUCCCGUGUCCCCCCUUUCCCUUGUCCCCCCUUUCCCUUGUCCCCCCUUUCCCUUGUCCCCCCUUUCCCUUGUCCCCCCUUUCCCUUGUCCCCCCUUUCCCACCCUUCCCCCCAUCCCCACACCCCACAACCAGCUGUGCAUACGACCAGGAGGGGGAUCUCGCCAUCUCCCCUGCUCGCUCCGAUGGGGUGCUGGGACUCGGCCCAUCCAACCUCUCGCUCCCUGCCCAGCUGUCCAGAGCAGGGGCGGGGCGAAACGUGUUUGGCCACUGUCUCGAUUCGGCAGUAUCUGGGGGAGGUUACUUCUUCAUAGGGGAAGCGCUUUUACCCAGCACCCUCACCUGGACCCCCCGUGCUGCCACCAGCGACACCCGCUACUACCACGCAUCCCUCCUCCGCAUCUCCUACGGUUCCAAGAAGCUUCCCAUCGACGAUCCCAAGGCGCUCCACAAUAAGCACGCAGGCUCUGCCUCUGCUUAUAACGAGGAUGGUGGAGUGGAGAGCGGAGGGGCAAUAUUUGACUCGGGGUCGUCAUUUGCAUACCUGCCUGCUGCACCAUUUGACGCACUGCUAGAGAUGGCGCCUCAAAAGUCUAACUCUGGGUUGUCGUUCGACUCUGGGUUGUCGUUUGAGGCGCCUCAAAAGUCUAACUCUGGGUUGUCGUUCGACUCUGGGUUGUCGUUUGAGGCGCCUCAAAAGUCUAACUCUGGGUUGUCGUUUGACUCUGGGUUGUCGUUUGACUCUGGGUUGUCGUUUGACUCUGGGUUGUCGUUUGACUCUGGGUUGUCGUUUGACUCUGGGUUGUCGUUUGACUCUGGGUUGUCGUUUGACUCUGGGUUGUUGUUCGAUUCUGGGUUGUCGUUUGACUCUGGGUUGUCGUUCGACUCUGGGUUGUCGUUCGACUCUGGGUUGUCGUUUGACUCUGGGUUGUCGUUCGACUCUGGGUUGUCGUUCGACUCUGGGUUGUCGUUUGACUCUGGGUUGUCGUUUGACUCUGGGUUGUCGUUCGACUCUGGGUUGUCGUUUGAGGCGCCUCAAAAGUCUAACUCUGGGUUGUCGUUCGACUCUGGGUUGUCGUUUGCCUCUGGGUUGUCGUUCGACUCUGGGUUGUCGUUUGCCUACCUGCCUGCUGCUCCCUUAGAUGCACUGCUACAGAUGGCGCCUCAAAAGUCUAACUCUGGGUUGUCGUUCGACUCUGGGUUGUCGUUUGAGGCGCCUCAAAAGUCUAACUCUGGGUUGUCGUUUGACUCUGGGUUGUCGUUUGACUCUGGGUUGUCGUUUGACUCUGGGUUGUCGUUUGACUCUGGGUUGUCGUUCGACUCUGGGUUGUCGUUUGACUCUGGGUUGUCGUUUGACUCUGGGUUGUCGUUUGACUCUGGGUUGUCGUUCGACUCUGGGUUGUCGUUUGACUCUGGGUUGUCGUUCGACUCUGGGUUGUCGUUUGACUCUGGGUUGUCGUUCGACUCUGGGUUGUCGUUCGACUCUGGGUUGUCGUUUGACUCUGGGUUGUCGUUUGACUCUGGGUUGUCGUUCGACUCUGGGUUGUCGUUUGAGGCGCCUCAAAAGUCUAACUCUGGGUUGUCGUUCGACUCUGGGUUGUCGUUUGCCUCUGGGUUGUCGUUCGACUCUGGGUUGUCGUUUGCCUCUGGGUUGUCGUUCGACUCUGGGUUGUCGUUCGACUCUGGGUUGUCGUUUGACUCUGGGUUGUCGUUUGACUCUGGGUUGUCGUUUGACUCUGGGUUGUCGUUCGACUCUGGGUUGUCGUUUGACUCUGGGUUGUCGUUUGACUCUGGGUUGUCGUUCGACUCUGGGUUGUCGUUUGACUCUGGGUUGUCGUUUGACUCUGGGUUGUCGUUUGACUCUGGGUUGUCGUUUGACUCUGGGUUGUCGUUUGACUCUGGGUUGUCGUUCGACUCUGGGUUGUCGUUCGACUCUGGGUUGUCGUUUGACUCUGGGUUGUCGUUCGACUCUGGGUUGUCAUUUGACUCUGGGUUGUCGUUCGACUCUGGGUUGUCGUUUGACUCUGGGUUGUCGUUCGACUCUGGGUUGUCGUUCGACUCUGGGUUGUCGUUUGACUCUGGGUUGUCGUUUGACUCUGGGUUGUCGUUCGACUCUGGGUUGUCGUUUGAGGCGCCUCAAAAGUCUAACUCUGGGUUGUCGUUCGACUCUGGGUUGUCGUUCGACUCUGGGUUGUCGUUUGCCUCUGGGUUGUCGUUCGACUCUGGGUUGUCGUUUGCCUCUGGGUUGUCGUUCGACUCUGGGUUGUCGUUCGACUCUGGGUUGUCGUUUGACUCUGGGUUGUCGUUUGACUCUGGGUUGUCGUUCGACUCUGGGUUGUCGUUUGACUCUGGGUUGUCGUUUGACUCUGGGUUGUCGUUCGACUCUGGGUUGUCGUUUGACUCUGGGUUGUCGUUUGACUCUGGGUUGUCGUUUGACUCUGGGUUGUCGUUCGAUUCUGGGUUGUCGUUUGACUCUGGGUUGUCGUUCGACUCUGGGUUGUCGUUCGACUCUGGGUUGUCGUUUGACUCUGGGUUGUCGUUCGACUCUGGGUUGUCGUUCGACUCUGGGUUGUCGUUUGACUCUGGGUUGUCGUUUGACUCUGGGUUGUCGUUCGACUCUGGGUUGUCGUUUGAGGCGCCUCAAAAGUCUAACUCUGGGUUGUCGUUCGACUCUGGGUUGUCGUUUGCCUCUGGGUUGUCGUUCGACUCUGGGUUGUCGUUUGCCUACCUGCCUGCCUGCUUCCUUAGAUGCACUGCUACAGAUGCCGAUGCAGCAGCAGCAGGCAUGCAGGCAGACACCACCGUGACUGUGCUACCGCACUGCUGGCGGGCGGGUAAAGGGGCAGCCGAGAUCAGGUCCACCGUUGAUGUGGCAUCUCAUUUCUCUCCGCUCACUUUCUCGUUUAAGUCACACUCCAUCUUCUCCACAUCAGCUGAUCUCUCCGUUGCUCCUUCAACAUAUCUCCUCUCACCAGUGAGAAUUGGAAAGAAGGGGGUUCGGACUGAUCUCUCCGUUGCUCCUGCCAUGUACCUCCUCUCACUGGUGACUUACUCCGACAAUCAGUUGGUAUGGUGGUGCUUGGUAAGGGGGUGGCUGGCUGAGUGA